CGAAUGUCCUUAACUUGCUUUAAAAGUAAACCACCAGCACUGCAGGGCCAAAGAGAACAUACAGUUUCGGUUUUUCUUUGUAACUCAAGUCGACUUGAAGCCAUGUACGCCCUCCCCUCCCGUCACCAAUUUAGCAUGUCAUGCCCCUGACAUCAUUUUAUACAAGGCCUCAGGCAAGAUCUGAGUAAAAGCGGCAAACCUGUUCUACCCAGAGACGUCACGAGAAGGGGCAGGGUUCACACUUCCUGACUGCAUGAAUGCUUAUCAUUAGUCUUCAUCAUUUAAGCUUUAACAUCAGAGGGGAGAUUUACGGCAAAGUUGGGGACCGUCGUAGGACAGUUCUUGUGUUGUCGAGCGUCCACUAGAAUACUGUGCUGGAGGGACAGCUUGUUAAUUACAGAGCCACUAAUGAGUGGCUAUGUGUUUGAACGAACGAUGUCAUUGCAAAAGUCGGAACUGAACGACGACAUCGUGACACAAGAAGUGAAGAACAAACUGGACGUUUGUGUAAAUGUCGACGGCAGUGGUAACCCAACACAUGGUCAUACACACUAACAGUACGACAAUUUCAUCCCAGUGAAUCUUGCCAAAAAUACGGGCAUACAUCGAUUGUACAUCGUGCGAUUCUUCGUCGUAGGAUUUCCAUGGCACUUUUGACCGAAUGCUGACGUCAACGACCCACGUGUUAGCAGAGUCAUUUGGGUGUCGGAGCCAAGCUAUAGUUGUGUAAUAAUUGAUGAUCUAAUGUACUGCCGGUAAAGAUUUGAAAAUGGAUAACGUUAGCUACAGCGUCAUCUCUGCUAUAGGGAUAUUGGCGAACCUGCUCGUCUUGUACAUCGUUGUAAGGUACCGCGUCAUGAGGACAGUGUGUAACGUGUAUGUGGCCAACCUGGCAGCAACCGACUUCGCCUUCUGCCUUUACACCCUCAUCCAGUCCAUUGUUUCAAAUUCAGAAACCUACGACGGGAUCUGUGACGUCGGUCGUGUGCUCCUGGUCUUCCUGGUCUCUGCAAGCAUCAUGUUCUUAAUAGUCAUCGCUGUGGAACGAUACAAAGCGAUUACUGACCCUCUGAGAAGUAGACAACAUGGUACCGUGAAACACGCGGGAAAAAUCAGUGCUGUGGUGUGGAUGGUGGCCUCCCUGGCGGCAGCUGUCGACACGGUGGCCAGGAACACUGUUACCAACGACUGGACGUUUACAGGCACUAGUCUUUAUCAUAAUUCGUGUAUUUUUCUGAAGCUUGAGUCCUCUGAUGCCAGUCAUCCCUUCUUUGUUAUGGUACUCUUGUGCUUUGUAUUCCUCUACUUCUUGCCCAUCUGUAUAAUAGUUCCUCUGUACAUUCGGAUUUUAGUCAAAGUAAGGCAGUCACGCCGUUUGGUGGUAAGGGAGACUAGGUCGGAUAAUCAGGCGUUUCUCAUGAUGUUCGUAGUGACGGUCUUUUUUCUCGUCACCUGGCUUCCUUAUCACGUCAUUUCCUUUAUUAUUCAUCGGGUUGUUUCGAGAGAGAACGACGUGGCAAUCGAGUUGGCGAAAUCAUUGGCGGUGUUAAACUCCAUGGCCAAUCCGUUUCUCUAUGCUCUUCUCGGGAGGAACUUUCGAGACCAGCUAAAGAAAAUGUUUUGCUGCAAACAGUGGGAGAACAGGAAACAUUGGAGACCAAAGAGCGAAGCUUCGACGGACAUGACACUAACAAGGCAUGUAGUAGAAGCAACUGAAUAUGCUAUAGGGCAGGCCCAGGGUACAGGCCGGACAGGACAGGGUCAGGCUACAGAUGGGACAGCAAGGACCCAGGCUACAGGCGGGAAAGAAAGGACCCAGGCUACAGGCGUGACAGGACAGUCCCAGGCCACAAGCGGGACAAGACAGGGUCAGACUACAGGUGGGACAGGGCAGUCCCAGGCUACUGGCGGAACAGGACAGUCCCAGGCUACAGGUGAGACAGAACAGUCCCAGGCUACAGGUGGGACAGGACAGUCCCAGGCUACAGGUGGGACAGAACAGUCCCAGGCUACUGGUGGGACAGAAAUGACCCAGGCUACUGGCGGGACAAAAAUGACCCAAGUUACUGAUGGGACAGAAAGGACCCAGGCUGCUGGCGGGACACAAAGGGCCCAGGCUACUGACGGGACAGAAACGACCCAGGCUGCAGGCGGGACAGAAAGGACCCAGGCUACUGACGGGACAGAAACGACCCAGGCUGCAGGCGGGACAGAAAGGACCCAGGCUACUGACGGGACAGAAACGACGCAGGCUGCUGGCUGGACAGAAAGGACCCAGGCUGCUGGCUGGACAGAAAGGACCCAGGCUGCUGGCGGGACAGAAAGGACCCAGGCGGGACAGGACAGACUACAGGCAGGAUAGGACAGUCCCGGACUACAGAUGGUAUGCUACAAAGGAGACAGGCCAGACCUGGGUAUUUUUGGUAUUCAUGCCAGGAACAUUAAAAAAAAGGCAAAUUCACGAUUCCAUGUGAACUAUCAUAAAUUUUCAUAUAUUCUCAUACUGUCUACACAGUCACACAUUAAGAGUUGUGAAGACAAGUGCCUACUGGCUACAACACAAAAAGAUCUGUAAAUAAAAGUGCAGGUGAUUGUGCAGUCAUCAACAUGUAUCAAGGUGAUGUUGGACAACUGAACUCAUUCCUCAGAUGGAAGCAGAUAGGCUCUUUCACUUGCUUACUGGGGUAAAGUUGAACCUGUUUUCAGGCACUAGAUACUACAUUCUCAAAAUGCGAUAUUGGGAUAAUGAGACAAAAAAAAUGAAAAUUGUAUACUCAAUAUACAAAAUUGUCAGUCAUACCCAUAGGGAAGAUACUGGAGAUAUUGGACGUGAAUUACUAGUAUUCUUUAUAUACAUUCAGCUUCAGAUAGAUUGGUCCAAAGAGAGA